AUGUUCUUGGUGGAUGCAGGCCUUGGUACCCCAAAAAUUUGUAUGCAAGAUGAGCUUACAGGACUGCCAAUCAAGCGAGCCACCAGGUUUGAGAAUAAGGUGGGAUCCAAGAAUGUAGUGGCUGGUGAAUCACUGAUCAAAAAGCGGAUUUUUGAGAGAUUCUUCAUCGAUCUAGUGGCCGGUGAAUCACUGAUCAAAGAGCGAGCAGCCGCCAGGUUUAAUGAUUUUGUGGGAUCCCUGGAUGUAGCGGCUGGCGAACCGCUUCUUCUUCCACAAAGAUUCAGACAAAACCGAGCUUGGAUAGAACUGAAGAAGAUUUGGCGAACGAAGAAAAAGGUAAAAGGGUUUCAAAUUAAUAAAAUAGAAGGAGGUUAUUCAGUAGCCAUCGCAGGUUUCAUUACUUUUCUUCCAUUCAAAUUAAAAAAAGCUAAAAAAAAAAAAAGGAUAGCGAAUGCUCGAUUCACCAUUGAUAGCUUUAUCCCUAAAAGGAGGGAUAUUGUGAUAAUAGCGGCAGAUUCAAACAAGAACUUAAUGAAAAAAAAGACAAGAUAG